AGCGCACCAUGCUUGUCCACGUGGUCCCCACGUGAAGGAACCCGCCCUGCGCAUGUGAAAGGGCGAGAGCAGCGCGAGAUAGGGCCCAGCGCCUCAGAUCUUUGUUGGCGACCAUGGCUUCGGCUUCUCAAGGCGCUGACGACGGCAGCCGCAGGAAACCCCGCCUGGCUGCCUCGUUGCAGAUCAGCCCCGAGCCCCGCCCCUGGCGACCGCUACCCCCUCAGGCCCAAAGUGCCUGGGAGCCCGCGCCCGCGAUGGACCACGCGGAGGGCGGGCAGCCCCAGGUCUCGGUGUUGAGGGACAGUGGGCCUGGGGCAGGGGCCGGAGUCGGGGAACUGGGGGCAGCCCAGGCGUGGGAAAACUUGGGGGAACAGAUGGGGAAGACCCCGAGGGUCCCUGUGCCCCCCGCAGGGCUGAGCCUGCCGCUCAAAGACCCACCUGCCAGCCAGGCCGUGUCCUUGCUCACGGAGUACGCGGCCAGCCUGGGCAUCUUCCUGCUCUUCCGGGAGGACCAGCAACCAGGUCCCUGCUUCCCCUUCUCUGUGAGCGCGGAACUGGAUGGGGUGGUCUGCCCUGCGGGCACUGCAAACAGCAAGACAGAGGCUAAACAGCAGGCAGCGCUCUCUGCCCUCUGCUACAUCCGGAGUCAGCUGGAGAGCCCAGAGUCCCCCCAGACCUCCAGCCAGCCUCCACCGCCCCCCCUGAGCGUAGACAGCAUCCUGACCCAUGGGCAGCGCUGCGCAGCCUUGGUGAGCGCCGGCUUUGACCUCCUGUUGGACGAGCGCUCACCAUACUGGGCCUGUAAGGGGACUGUGGCUGGAGUCAUCCUGGAGAGGGAGAUCCCGGGUGCCAGGGGCCACGUGAAGGAGAUCUACAAGCUGGUGGCCCUGGGCACCGGCAGCAGCUGCUGUGCCGGCUGGCUGGAGUUCUCGGGCCAGCAGCUCCAUGACUGCCAUGGCCUGGUCAUCGCCCGCAGGGCUCUGCUGAGGUUCUUGUUCCGGCAGCUCCUGCUGGCCACACAGGGGGGCGCCAAGGGCAAGGAGCAGUCCGUGCUGGCCCCCCAGCCGGGGCCCGGACCCCCAUUCACCCUCAAGCCCCGCGUCUUCCUGCACCUCUACAUCAGCAACACCCCCAAGGGCGCGGCCCGUGACAUCUACCUGCCCCCCACCUCAGAAGGCGGCCUCCCGCACAGCCCGCCCAUGCGCCUGCAGGCCCACGUGCUCGGGCAGCUGAAGCCUGUGUGCUACGUGGCGCCCUCACUGUGUGACACCCACGUGGGCUGCCUCUCAGCCAGUGACAAGCUGGCGCGCUGGGCCGUGCUGGGGCUGGGUGGUGCCCUGCUGGCCCACCUGGUGUCUCCACUCUACAGCACCAGCCUCAUCCUGGCUGACUCAUGCCACGACCCUCCGACUCUGAGCAGGGCCAUCCACACCCGGCCCUGCCUGGACAGUGUCCUGGGGCCAUGCCUGCCACCUCCCUACGUCCGGACCGCCCUGCACCUGUUUUCAGGGCCCCCAGUGGCCCCCUCUGAACCUACCCCUGACACCUGCCAUGGCCUGAGCCUCAACUGGAGCCUGGGGGACCCUGGCAUCGAGGUUGUGGAUGUGGCCACUGGGCGCGUGAAGGCCAAUGCUGCCCCGGGGCCUCCCUCCCGUCUCUGCAAAGCAUCCUUUCUCCGGGCGUUUCACCAGGUGGCCAGGGCUGUGGGGAAGCCCUACCUCUUGGCCUUGAAGACCUACGAGGCUGCCAAGGCUGGGCCCUACCAGGAGGCUCGCCGGCAGCUCUCUCUCCUCCUGGACCAGCAGGGCCUGGGGGCUUGGCCCUCGAAGCCACUGGUGGGCAAAUUCAGAAACUGAAGCCGGCCUCGGCGGGCCCAAGGUCCCGGAGCCAAGCUGUACCCCUGCUGGGGGAGUGCCCUGUCUGAGGAGGGUUGUGGGGGAGAACGUGGGUUGUGCAGGGUGAAACUGAGGCUGGAGGGAAGGAGGAGCCUGCUGUGGUUGGGAUGCUGCUGCUGCACAUUUGGGCUUGAAUAAAGAAGUAUUUCUGGU